AUGGACGCUUAUAUUCAAAUAUGGACGGCUGUUGAGCCAACCCUUGCAUUUCACAACAGAGCUUUUGCAAGAAAUAUCGAGUUACUACGAAAGUCCAAGGAAGACUGUCAGGCUGAUGCAAAAAAGUGGAGGUCUGUAAACGGCGCGGCUGACUCAUUUCAUGAUGCUGAUGAGUAUGAGCCCGCAAGUUUUGACUCUGAUAGCGAAGAAACCGAAGAAUUCUUCCACCUACAGGAUGAGAAUUUCAAUGCGGAAACAUUGAUUGCUGCCUACCACUCCAUCAGCAAAGCGUGGUAUCGAGAGACAUUGGUCACUGGCCGUCGGAUCCCUCCCUUACUCCGCGCAAUGGACCGUACACAGACCUUAUCACUACAGAACCUCCAGCCGCUCAAUAUUUUCAGUACUACUGCAUACAAAUCUUCUGGGCUAAGAUUCCUGCCACUACAUACUUUACAUACAUGGGAAGGUCAACUUAGAAGUUGCGUCAAUCCUAGUUCUGACGAGACCACGGAUGAUGAUGCCGGCACUUUUGGGUUUGCAUUUGACGAUUUUGACAUCCACAUUGAAGAUGGCAUUCUGCAUCCUAUGCUAGCUAAUUCAGACACAAUCCCUGCGAUGGAUGAUCUCCAAUUCCGCGAGGUCCAGAAUCCUACUGGCGCCUCUCUUGCGUUCUUGAUCAACCAAGACAUUCCUCUAAAUGAGAAACAACGAAUGGUAGUGGAGAAAGUGCUGUCUGAAGCUUUGACCUGGGCGGACCACCCCUAUGAUUCGUCGCGGCGCAAUCAGACUCUCCUCUAUGUUGGAGGAGAAGGCGGCACGGGCAAGAGCCAGAUUGUCAAGGCAAUUGUCGCUGGUAAGAACCUUAUCGGACGAAAAGAUGAGGUAGUCCUCAUGGCGCCAACGGGUGCGGCCGCCGAUAACAUCAAGCUUAGUCUAAUUCCCUAUGUUCACUAA